AGUUGGAGAAGGAUUUGUUAUAGAUUACUGUAAGGUUAAGAAGAGAACGACUGUGAGUGACCUUAUGGACUAUAAGGCCAUCAUAUUCAUUGUAGCUCACAAGAAGGAUUUAUACAUAAAGACCUGUAGCUCCAGUGUAGAGACAGUCACAUGUCUAUGAUAAAAGAUUACACGAUGGAUUCCGGCUCCCGUAAGCUCUAUCAUGUACAUGGAUUUGAUUCCAGACAACACUUGGAGCAUUAUGUCUCAGAUAAACCUGAUAUGGUCUUUGGAGAGGAUUGCUUAUUAUUUCCUAUCGAAAAUUUUACAAAAACGUUCUCAGCAGGUCAUAUUAAAGGAGAUGUCCUGAUUGACCUCAGCGUUGGUUCCAUUAUUCAUCAUCUCUAUGCAGCCUGUGACUUUUUUAAACACAUCAUAGUCCUGAAGGUCACUGACAGAUGCAUCCUGGAGCUGAAGAGAUGGCUGGACACACGUACAGGAGCAUUUGAAUGGGGACAUGCCACAAAACUUCAUGUAGACCUUGAAGGAAAGAGCAUCCAGUUACAGGACAAAGAGGAUAAAGUAAGAGAAGCCGCUCAACAUGUUGCAAAAUGUUACCUUGAGAAAGAAAAUAUAAUGGAUCCCAUAGUCUUACCACCAGCAGAUUGUAUCAUCAGUGUUGCGCUCCUAAAAGCUAUCUGCAAAGACCAAGAUGAUUACAGGAGAUAUCUCAGGAAGUUCUCAGAGUUGCUGAAACCUGGAGGACACCUCAUGUUAAUUGGGUUUUUAGAUAUGACAUAUUUCACAGUUGGGAAAGACAAGUUCCAUGCUCUCACAUAUGAUGAGGAUUUUGUCAGGAAAGUUCUAGUUGGAGAAGGAUUUGUUAUAGAUUCCUGUAAGGUUCAGAAGAGAACAAAUGUGAGUGACCUUACUGACUAUAAGGCCAUGAUAUUCAUUGCAGCUCACAAAGAGAAGUAG